GGCCCCCUCGGAGCUUCAGAUCUCAGUCCUUCAUGGAGACCAGGUCCCAGCAGGAAUGGCAGUGCAGGAAAUUGGCACCCAGAUGGCACCUCUGCGUGAAGUCAUCUCGGGCCAUGGGCUGCCACAUGGACACCUGCUAGGGGGGCCAGUCCUCUGUCAGCCACGCGAGGCCAGGCAGCAUGGCACGCAUUCAGAGGAGGAAGCUUUUGGCCUUCUGCCUGUGCGCGACAGCUACUGUCUUUAUGCUCGUCACACUCCAGGUUGUGGUUGAGCUGGGAAAGUUUGAAAGGAAGAAGUUUAAAAAUUUCCAUUUACAAGAUGGACGUACCAAGGUGGAGGAAGAGUCUGACCAUCUUAAUGUGUUUUUUAAGAAACAAACACUGACCUUGAAUAGGAAGCAAAAGUUGGAAGUUGGCGACCACCCCAUCAUGCUCUGGUGGUCCCCUCUGACUGGGGAAACUGGGCGGCUGGGCCAGUGUGGAGCAGACGCUUGUUUCUUCACCAUCAACCGAAGCUACCUACACCAUCCCAUGACCAAAGCACUGCUCUUCUAUGGUACUGACUUUAACAUAGAUAGCUUACCUCUGCCUCGGAAAGCCCAUCAUGACUGGGCCCUUUUCCACGAAGAGUCUCCAAAAAACAAUUAUAAGCUCUUUCAUAAACCAGUCAUCACCUUGUUCAACUACACGGCCACAUUCAGCAGGCAUUCCCACUUGCCCCUGACUACCCAGUACCUGGAGGGUGUAGAUGCCCUCAAGUCACUCCGAUACUUGGUUCCUUUGCAAUCCAAAAACAGCCUAAGGAAAAGACUUGCUCCACUGGUGUAUGUGCAGUCAGACUGUGACCCACCAUCAGAUAGGGACAGCUAUGUUCGUGAGCUAAUGACUUACAUCGAGGUUGAUUCCUAUGGGGAGUGUUUAAGAAACAAAGAUCUCCCUCAGCAGCUGAAAAACCCUACUUCUAUGGAUGCUGACGGCUUUUAUAGGAUCAUUGCCCAGUACAAGUUUAUCCUUGCUUUUGAGAAUGCAGUUUGUGAUGACUACAUCACAGAGAAGUUCUGGAGACCGCUGAAACUGGGGGUAGUCCCUGUGUAUCAUGGGUCCCCCAGCAUCACAGACUGGCUUCCAAGUAACAAAAGUGCCAUUCUUGUAUCAGAAUUCGCUCACCCCAGAGAACUGGCAAGUUUCAUUAGACGACUGGACCAAGAUGACAGAUUGUACGAGGCCUACAUAGAGUGGAAGCUAAAGGGGGAGAUCUCUAACCAGCGACUCCUGACAGCUCUCACGGAACGGAAAUGGGGAGUCCAAGACCUCAGCCAGGACAAUUACAUUGACGCGUUUGAGUGUAUGGUGUGCAGCAAGGUGUGGGAAAACAUCAGGCUGCAGGACAAGGGCUUACCACCCAAGAGAUGGAAGGCAGAAGGGACCCACCUGAGCUGCCCAGAACCCACCCUGUUUGCCUACUCGUCGGCUUCCCAUUGCCCUCAUUGCCUGCCAGCACCUCGUAGGAACUCUCUGCGAGAGAUGUGGAUUCUAAGCUUCCAGCAAUCCAAAAAAGAAGCCCAGGCGCUGAGGUGGCUGGUUGAUAGGAAUCGGAAUUUUUCAACUCAGGAGUUCUGGGCCCUUGUUUUCAAAGACUAAUUUCAAAAUGGAGUCGCGUGUCAUAGACUAGAUAGGGUUUAUUUUCUAGGUUGCCUUAAUAUUUGAAAAUAAUAGCCAUUUUGUUGACUAUACUCAAGGAUGAGAAAUAAUUGCUGCAGUUUUCAUGAUGAGCCUUAUCAAUUAAUAGAUAGGAAUUAUCCUUACAAGUUGCCUCUGUAUUUUUUACACUAAAAAGUAGACAUCUUUUAUGGACAUAAGUCAGGUCCAGUUCCCAUGUAUAGGCUCACAUACCCGCUGCCUCUUGUGUAAGUUCACCUAAUGUACAGUGGCGGUUUCCCUUGCUGCAAUGGAACUAGAAGAUCUAGCUGGGGGUUUUUAGCGCUCAUCUCACUAUCAGCAGUGGUCUGUUUGGCAAGCCCAGAGUCUCAGUGCCGAGCAUUAGAACUUGGCAAUGAGAGAGUCCAUCUGUUUGCUUCCAAGGAUGUCAGUAAGAAAAGCUGCGUCAAGCUUAUCUGCUCUCUACUCUUUAGCAAUAAUAGUAAUAAUACCUGACAAGCCAAAAAAGCAUAGGCACGUCUGCCUUUUCGAUAACUCUGUACCUUUUUUAUAUUCACCUUGCCCGUUAACCUGCUCCUAUUUCUACUCCAAAUUGGGAGGUGUGUAGAGAGGUAGCUCCUCUGUGUGUUGUGUUGUGCUGUUUUGUGUUUGGAGACAGAGUCUCACCGGAUAGCCUAAGCUGGCCUUGAACUUGCAGUCCCCCUGCCUCCGCCUCCUGAGUGCUGGAUCUGCAGGCAGGUAUUAUCAUCCCUGGCCUCCUUGUGUGUUUUGAUCAGUGAAAUGUGAAAUAUUGUAGAUUGUUCCUUAUGUUGAUGAAUAAUAGUGAUAGUCAGUUUAUAGAUUUUAAUCAGUGUAAGAGGGCAAAUGAAUAUCUCCAGGCCGUUUUGUUACAUUAAUUUGUCUGUAGGAUGAUAUGCAGCCCAUCAUGAUGGGCUGCCCAAAGAUUUCACUUUGUGAGCAGUUCUUCUUUCUGAUCCUGUCAUAGAGAAGGUUCAGCUGUCUUGUUUGGGGCAUCUACUGGAGGUCCACACAAGACAAGAACAAACAAUGCUGGCUCAUAUUUUCCUUUCAUGACUUCUCUGUGACACUACAACCUGUUGCUACCUAAUGAGUCACAACUGUAUUCUGUACUGUGGAGAGGCACAGGCCAUAGAGGGCACCAGGGGACAUGGCAUAAGGGGAAAUUGCAGGAUGCGCUCUGGAUUCCAGCUACCCUUAAUUGCCAGUCAGUGCUUCUGUCAUACGUGCCAGGAGCAGUGUCUUCACUGUGUGACCUUCACUCUGGCCGUGGCAGCCAAGUGUGAGAAAUGAGAGCCAAUCCUGCCUAUCCCUUGGGAGCAAGAAGGGCCAUGUUGCUGGUAUCUGUGAUUCGGUUCCUCCUAAUCCCAGAUUUAAUUAAAUGUGGUCUUGGACAAAUGUUUUUACCACUCUGGGCCUUGGUUUUUUGCAUCUAAAACAAAAUGAUAGGGCUGGAUUUUUAUAUUGUUUCUUGUGUAAUGUUCUUCAAUUUUUUAUCAAAAUUUAAGAUGUUUAAUAUAGGUUGUUAAAGACUAUAACAGACUAUUUCAGAGCAACUAUAUCAAGGGAAGUGUGCUCUUCCUUGGAGGAAGGGGUGUACCUACUGGGUAGUAUUGGAGAUGGAGGGGCUUAUUUCUCUGCCACUUAACCUGAUGUAAUAAAAGUGGAAAAGCUUAGAAAGGGAGAUUAUUUGUUAAAGACCAAGUUUUAAAUUGUAUUCUAAAUGAAGUGGACCACUUUCUGCACAUGAAAAGAGAGCCCAUGAGAUGAUUUUGGCCUAUGACAAGAUCAAACAGUAGCUUCAAUGCUUUUGUGUAAACGUCUUAAAAAGAAGCCAUGGUGUAUAUACAACACAUAUGUCUUAUAUCUCCAUCUUUCAUGCAUCUUGUUUCAUCCUGGCUCCUUAUCAAGAGGUCAUAGGUAAAAAUUUCCCCAAACUUUUUGAAGCAUAAACCCAUAAACAAAUUUAGUGAAACAUAAUUGUCGAUUGUUUAAUAGAGAUAAAAACUUUGUAGGGAAAGAGAAUGAAAAAGAAGGUGUUCGGCGGACUUUAAAGUAGUUGUAUGUUAAAGAAAGGAAAUUAAAGGUUCUUUGGGAUUCUGAGUACCCAGGGCUUUCAUUGGUGAGAUGAUGCCUUCUUGUCUCUGAUGACUGCUGUUAGAAGUGUGUCCUCCUGUUGGCAGGAUUCUUAUUGGCAACUAAGCUGUGCUUUUUGAAUGCUUUAGUAUGUUUUGUGUGGUCUGUUGGCCCCAUCAUAGUAUGUCUUUUUCUUUGCCUUUCUGUCUCUAUUUGUGAAAUAUGAUUAAGACAGUGACCUGCCUCACAGGGCUCUCGUGAAGAAUGACCAGAGUAUGAACACCUCUGUAUAGUGUGCCAUUUUGUUUGGUGUUACAUUCACUUGAAUUGUUCUCAAGGAUAAAUUUUCUUUUUUUUGGGGGGGGGUCUUUUUCCUUUUUUAUCGGUACCGGGGAUCGAACUCAUGACUGCCUGCUUGCAAGGCAGGCGUUUAUGCCGCUGAGUUAAAUCCCCAGCCCUAAGGAUAAAUUUUCAAAGCAAUGUGACAGGGUAGACAGAAAUGGUUACAAAUUUAUUGGAGAAAAUGAUUAUUAAUGCUAAUCAAUAGUCUCUAUUUCAACUGAAAAUGGAGGUAACUUUGACUUUUGACUAUGUAACAAAUCUAAUUAUUUCAGAACCUCAAUACUGUCAUAUUUUUUACUAUUAAGGGCUAAUUUCUAGUAAGUAGAACAUCAGAUGGGGCAUUCUCAUUAGAAAUGAAUUGGAUGCAAAUCAUAUACUGUGUGCUAUUCAGAAAAAAAGCCACGAACAAAAAUGAGCAUCAUCCUCUCAGUCUACCUUGCAUGUUACACAUAAGAGAACCAGAUCAAUAUUUGUAGAUCAUUUUAUGAAACCAAACAAGUACAGACCUGAGCUUGAAAUGCUUAGUGUAAUAUGCAUUUAAAAAAUCGUUAGCAAAGCAUAAGUCCUGCAAAGGAUGACAAUUCAUGGGAAAAAUCCCAUUGUCUUAUUCUGUGUAGGCGGUGGUAACAGAAUACCAUGAAUCAAGCUACUUACAAAGUGCAGAAACUUGUUUCUCGCAGUUCAGGGAUCUGGCAAGUCCAGGACAGAGGUGUCUUCAGAUUUGGUGUCUGAUGAAGACCUGCUCUCUGCUUCAUAUAUGAAUAUCUUCAUGCUGUGUCAUCACUUAGUGGAAGGAUGGGAGCUUUCUGGGGUCUCUUCUAAGGGCCCUAAUCCUAUUCACAAGGACUCUACUUUCAUGACCCACUUACUCUUGAAAGAUUUCACCUCCUAAUCCCAUUAGGAUUUUAACGUUAAUUUGAGGAUCAAAAGAAUUACAUUCUGCCCUUCAGUCUUCCAAAGUCGUUUUCCUUCUCACAUGCAAAAUAUAUUUAUACAUCCAGACAGCCUCAAACAUGUUAAAUAGUUCCAGCAUCAACUGAAAAGUCUGAGAUCCAAAGUCUCAUGUAAAUACCAUCUAAAUCAGAUAGGAGUGAGUUCAAGAUGUGUUUUAUCUGGAGAUAGGCUAUGAAGCCAAGUAUGUUCUAUAUAUCCUAAAUAUUAUGGUGGGAUAGGCAUAAGAUUGAUAUAUCCAUUCUAGAAGGGAGAUAUGGGAAAGAAGAAAAUGUCCUGGUAAGUCCACAUCAUCAUCUUUCUUGGCUUUCAGCAUUCUCCCUUUCAGGAGCAAUAGAAUGGAAGCAUCAGAUCCAGGCUUGGUGAGACAGUUCCAUGGUAGCUCUGCAUGGAUAUCCCUUCCCUGUGCUGUAGUUCUCCCUGAUUGGGACUGUUCACCCUUGGCUGCAGUCCUUUGAAGCCUAGGAGGAGGUAGAUGUGUUCUCCAGUCCUGCGUUGUCUGUGUACUGGUGGACACUGCAGGAACCUCGAGGAAGAUUCCUUCCUGCUCCCUCUGGAGUGGCCUAUACUGCUCCAGGGUGACUGGUGCUGCACUGGAGCGGCUGAGGAUCAUGGGGCACAGUAGGUGGAGUGAAGCCUUUGAUGCGAGGUGGUACCAGGUAGCAUGGGGCCACAUCCAGCAGAUGCCAGUGGUUCACUUCUUUGAAACUGUUCAACUCCCUUCUCCUUUUUGUGCUCUAGAUGCGUGAUGGGUGUAGCAGUUAUGAUAUUCUCUUAGUCACUUUCAGAGUCAUUCUUUCCUUGUUUUGGAGAAUAGCUCCUGGCUUCCUUUGAGAUGGAUGGUCCAUACUAGCCUCCAUUAUCAAAAGCUGGGCACACCCUUAGUGUUCUCAUUUUUUUUCACUAUGCAGUAGGCAGAGAACUUUCUAAAUGUUUUGUACUUAAGAAUUCUGUCUUUAAGUUACUUCUGUCUUUUUGAGUUAUCAGUAGUCAAGAGAAACCAAAACCUUUUUGAAUAAGCAAUACCUUGCUUAGAAAUAGCUUCAGCUAAAUAUUCAGUUUCAUUACUUACAAUUUCUACCUCCCAUAAAACCAUAGCACACAAACAUGAUUCAACCAAGUUCUUUGUCACUUUAUAAUAGAACCAGUUUCCAAUAACAUAUUCUGCAUUGUUACAUGACAGUUCAUCAGAGGGGCUUAAUGUUCCUAGAAAUCUUCUAUUUAGGAUUACUGCAGUGUUAUGGUUUAGAUCUAAAAUGUCCCCCAAAGUCUGAUGUGUUCAGAGAUGGGACUUUUGAAAGAUAGUUGGAUCAUGGGAGUGAUAUACUGACCAGUUAAUUCACUGAUGAGUUCAUAACUUAUGUGCUGGGAGGUGGAGUCUGGUUGGAGAGGUGGUUACUGGAGGUGUGACCUGGAAGGGCAUAUUCUUGCCCCAGGCCUUCCCUCCUUUCUGUUCCUGGCUUAUUUUUUCUGCCAUGCUUUUUCCACCAUGCCAUUCUGCCUUGCAGUCAGCCAGCCUGAAUUCCUCCCAAACUGUGAGCUAAAGUAAAUCUCUUCUCCUUUAGUUUGCCGAUAUCAGGUGUUUUGUACCAGCAGUGGGGAAGUAUCUAAUAUUGAGGUGUUCUCUAAGAAAAUUGAAGCUUUCUCUAUGGCUCUCAUGUUUUCUUUCUGAGUCCUCAUCAGAAUUACCCUUAACUACUUGUUAUGUUUGUGUCUAGAUGUCCCCCGCAAAGCCUCGUGUGUUAAUAGGUAGACUUUUUCAGAGAUGGCUAGAUCUAGAGUAUGUGAUACUAGGAUUGAGUCAUGGUGCAAAGCUAGGAUCAAGGACAUUAGGGUUAAGGCUAUGAGUUCUAUCCUCCCUUAAGUAGUCUAGAAAAGAUAUUGUCCCCCUUGCUUGCUUUGCUGCCUUCUGCCCACCAUGAACUGUUUUUCCUCUGCGAUGCUUGUCCCCAUUGCUAUCCUUUCUUGGAGCCAGCCAGUUGGACUGAUACCUCUAUAAACUAGAGCUAAAUAAAUUUUUUCUCCUUUAACUUUGGGUAUCAGGUAUUUUUUGUCAGCAAUGAGAAAAGUAAUUAAGAUAGAGAAGUGGGGCUGUUGCUGUGACUGUACUUGAUCAUGUGCUUCCGGAACUUUUGGAACUGACUUGUGCAAAGGGUUUGGAAAGGUUCAGAGAUGUCCACUGGAAAAGGUAACACUGCAGUGCGUUAGGCUGUACUUGAUGGAAGAUUCUUGUCAGAGCUCAGAAGACCAGAAUGCUGAUAGAAAUCCUGCUGGUAAAGACCAAGCUCUGGAGGUUUCUGCUGGGGAGAAGGACUGCAUUGGCUGGUAGACUCCAGACAAUUUGUGUGUGAUGUGGCAGAAGUUUUCAUUUUGCUCAUGUACAGAGACUGCCUGAGACUAACGGUGGCAGUCUAAUUAAUCUGGUAGAAGAAAUCUCAAAGCAGUCUAAUGUUGAGGCAAUAGCAUAGUUACUGUUGGGAACAUUUUAGUCAGACUUAGGUUGAGAAUUAAAAGCAAAAAAAUAGCAGAAUGAUUAAAAAUGUAAGUUUGGCCAGAAAGGAAGCUCCAGCAAAAUUGUGGUGUGCAAAAAAUGAAACAGAAGAAAUUGGUCACUAAAAAGACUAGCAAGAAAAACCAGAAGAAGAAGUCGUCCAGAAGAAGACAACAGAAAAGAUGAGCAAGGACACUGAAGAACCAAUAGGACUCCAACCUUUGCAGCCUCAGAGUUGCAAAGAUGGAAGACUUUGCUUUGAGAAGAGACCCCAGAGCACCAUGUUCCAUAAUAACAGCAGCCUAAGAAAAUUGUUCCUUGGGAUUGGGUUUAUAGGCAUGCAACUUCUCCAGCCAAAGGGAAGGAAGCCUGGUUAUUGCUCCAGCUGGCAGCAGAUUUUGGCACCACCCACAUAGUGCUGGCUUCAGGCACAUGCAGAAUGCAAGAGUUUUGGGGUCAUGCAGGCUUCCACCCAGAUUUCAAAAGAAGGUCUGGGAAAAUAGCCAGUGUGCUCCUGAGAGCAUAGUAUAUGAAGCUGUGAGUGUGAACCUGAAGGUGUUGUGGAAAUCCCAAAAGUUUGGAGAAACCAGGAAUGUGGAUCAUCUGAGGAAAACUGCAAGGAGAGAGCAGAGCAUGCCCUAGAGAGAAAUGAUAGGAGCUAAAAUCACCAGCAGCACUGUAGGGAAGAGCCACCCAAGCCCUUUGGAGUUCAUAUCUUGCCAAAGAUUGUUGGAGAUACUGGAUAUGGAACUACAAGAUUUAAUGUUUGUCAUGUUGGGUUUUGAACUUACUUUGGUCCCAAUCCCAUUUGUAUCCCUUAUUUGUACCUUUUGGAAUGCAAAUGUCUAUCUUGUGCCAUAGAAUGUUGGAAGUAUUUAAUUUUCUCUUCAUUUGUACAGAGAUUCACAGCUAGGAGUGCCUUAAAUCUAUGAUGAGACUUUUGAAGUUGGACUUUGCAGGAAUUCUGAAACUAUUAGGACUUUGGCAAUUCUUGCAAUUGGACUAAAUGCCUUCUGCGUAAAGGAAUAUGCAUGAGUCUUUGGGGAACCAGAAGCUGAAUGUUAUGAUUUGUGUCUAGAUAUCCCCCCUCCAAAGCCUCACGUUUUGGUAAGUGGGGCUUUAUCAGAGGUGGCUGGAUCUACAAUGUAAGAUGCUAGGAUGGAUUCAUGGUGCAUUGCUAGGAUCAAGGGCACUAGGAUUAAGAGUAUGAAUGUUACGUGCUCUAGGUAGUCUGGAUAAGAUAAAAAUAUAGAAAGAGCUAUACUUGUCCCCCCUGGCUUGCUUUGUUACCUUCUGCCCACCAUGAACUCUUUCUAUGAUACCUUGCCUUGGAGCUAACCAAUUAGGGACUGAAACUUGUAUAAACUGUGAGUCAAAUAAACCUUUCCUUCCUUAA